AUGGUUUUUGUGAAAGUUGUCGUGUUGUCUUUUUGUUUAUUAAAUUUUUGUUUCGUCAAGACACAAGGCAGACAAGCCAUAAAGCCAUGUGCAGAUGUUGAAGAUAUCGUCAAAGACUUAAGUGGUUUGCAUAUAAAUCAAGCAGAUAAUAGUAAUUUAAAGUGCACGUUGGAUAUACAAAAAGACCUGUCGAAGCCACAUGAACUACAGCCGCUGUAUAUUGUGCCGAAUAGAAGCAAUUUUUGGCAACCGAAUUUGAAAGGGCAAAUAGAAAUUCCUCAUGGUGCCAGCAUAGAGCUUUAUUGCACGAAAUCCUUUGCAAAUGCUACCGAUAAUAACUCUACUCUACAAAAGAUACCCAAAAAUACAAGAACUUUAAAACCAUUGUGCUUACAGGACAAAACCUUCAUACUGCAUGGCGAGAAAUUUGAAUUCCAACAGUUUGUUUGUACUCGUCCUGUGAGGUACACUGUCGAACGAACCUCAAAGGUGUGCACUGAGAACGGUGCACACAUUUAUCGCGUAGGCUUCAACAUUACAAAACAACGAUUCAUUGAAACAAUGAAAAUAUGUCACAAUGAUAAUUUAUUAAGCACACAUUAUACGCAACAUAUGCUGUUGCCCGGUAGUCUGCAUUAUCAAAAAUACGUUAAACGUUUGAACUUCAGCAAAGCGGGCUAUUUCAACGACUAUAACGUACAGUUUUUGUACAGUCGUAAGAACCAAAACGAAAAAGCCGUCACUCUGCUAGAGGGCAAUCACGCACAGUACUUCGAUAAUAGUUCAUUCUUUUUGAGCCGCGGGCACUUGGCCGCAAAGGCCGACUUUAUUUACGCCAGUCAGCAGCGUUCUACGUUCACCUUUCUCAACGUGGCACCGCAAUGGCAAUCAUUUAAUGCUGGUCAAUGGGAAACUAUGGAGGAUGCAGUAAGAAAGUUUAUUGGAAAAUCACAGCUUGAAGUUGACUGUUAUACUGGGACACACGGAGUCAUGGAGCUGACAGCGAAUGGUGGCAAUAAGCGACUGUUUUAUUUAGCCUAUGAUGCGAAUAAUAAUGGAAUUUUGCCUGUACCAAAGCUUUACUAUCGCGUUAUAGUUGAUCGCAAGAAUAGAAAACGCGGCAUUGCAUUGGUGGGUGUCAAUAAUCCUCACGUUACUAAUAGUGAGCUGCAAAAUGUGGAUGGCUACAUACUGUGUGACGAUGUACGGGAGCAGGUGCCAUGGUUACGUUGGAUACGCAAUGAUAAAUUGACGAAAGGAUAUAUGUAUGCUUGUAGAGUAAAUGAAUUUGCUUCUGUAGUUGAACACUUGCCAAAGCAAUUAUUGAGUGUUAAGGAAUUGCUUAUAGAAUAA